CCUGCCCCAAAGUGUACGUAUGUAUGUGUGUGUGUGUGCGAGGGAGCCGGCAGACUGAGGCGAGCCACACAGAGGCAGUGCUCUAACUCUAAACCCAAUGAGCUCGCAGCCCUCGCACUCGCACUCACACUCACACACACACGCCACUCUCCACUCUCCUCGGCGCCGGCUCUCACUGCUUCAACGCUGGGACACAGAAGAGGAGGAAGGAGGAGAGGGAGAGGGGAGAGAGGCAGCGAGCGGCAGAAGAGAGGGAGAGUGAGGGGCGAGGGAGUAAGAGAGGAGAGAGGAGAGAGGGAGAGAGAGGCAGAGGGAGACUGGCGGGGUGUGAGGGGAGAACACCAUGGCUUCAGAUCCGGGGCUGGCUGCGAUGCUGCUAUGGACUAUAUCACUACAGACUGUGGGCAGCGCAGGAACUAACAGUAACGAAGUGAACCUACUGGACACCACGACGAUCACAGGAGACUGGGGCUGGCUAACGUAUCCGUCACAUGGGUGGGACGCCAUUAAUGAGAUGGACGAGUACUUCAGCCCUAUCCACACGUACCAGGUCUGUAAUGUGAUGAGCCCCAGCCAGAACAACUGGCUGAGGACGGGCUGGCUCCCUCGAGACGGAGCGAGGAGGAUCUACAUCGAGGUCAAGUUCACCCUGAGAGACUGCAACAGCAUGCCUGGAGUACUGGGCACCUGCAAGGAAACCUUCAACCUGUACUACUACGAGUCCGACAGGGCAGUGGGCUCGGCCGUACGGGAGAACCAGUUCAUUAAGAUCGACACCAUCGCUGCUGACGAGAGCUUCACAGGGGUGGACCUGGGAGUCCGCAGACUUAAACUCAACACUGAGGUGCGAGGCGUGGGCCCUCUGAGCAGACGAGGCUUCUACCUGGCCUUCCAGGACAUCGGCGCCUGCAUCGCCCUCACCUCCGUGCGGGUGUACUACAAACGCUGCGUGGGCGUGAGCCGCAACCUGGCCGUGUUCACCGACGUGGUGACGGGCGCCGACUCAUCCUCUCUGGUGGAGGUCAGGGGUCAGUGUGUGGACCACGCGGAGGAGAGGGACACGCCCAAGAUGUACUGCAGCGCCGAGGGGGAGUGGCUGGUUCCCAUCGGGAGGUGUGUGUGCUCCGCCGGGUUCGAGGAACACAGAGACUCCUGUGUGGCCUGUGAGGUGGGUUUCUAUAAGCCGGUGGCGGGCGAUGGCCUGUGUGGUAAAUGUCCUCAACACAGCCACUCGGAGACCAGAGCCGCCCUCUCCUGCCCCUGCGACUCCAACUACUAUCGAGCGGCAGAUGACCCACCGGCGGCUCCAUGCUCCCGCCCUCCAUCUGCUCCGGUGAACGUCAUCUCUUCGGUCAACGGGACGUCCGUGAAUUUAGAGUGGGAUCGUCCUCUGGAUACUGGCGGUCGCAGCGACCUGAAGUACAGCGUGCUGUGUCAGAAAUGCUCAGGGGAAGCAGGGCCCUGCGAGGACUGUUCAUCCUCCCCGGGAGGCAUCGGUGGAGGAAAGGCAGGCGCGAGCGUCGGGUUUGGAGGGAUGGUGGAGCGUUUGGGCACCGCGGCGGUCCGAUUCGGUCCCCGGCAGACCGGGUUGACGGAGCCCUGGGUGACGGUGCUCAACCUGGUGGCUCACACCAACUACUCCUUCCGUCUCCAGGCCAUGAACGCAGUGACGCACCUGAGCAACGAGGCGUCGACAUAUGCCCUGGUCAACAUCACAACGAACCAGGCAGCCCCCUCCGAGGUGUUAGCGAUCCGCCAGGAGAACACCAGUCAGAACAGCGUGACUCUGCUGUGGCACGAACCCGGCCAGCCCAACGGAGUAAUCCUGGAGUACGACAUCAAAUACUACGAGAAGGAUAACGAAGCGCAGAGCUACUCCACUCUGAAGUCUAGAAACACCAGCGCCCGAGUGUCGGGGCUGAAGCCGGGCACCAAGUACAUCUUCCAGGUCCGAGCCAGAACGUCAGCAGGCUGCGGACGCUUCAGCCAGAAUGUGGAGAUCCAGACUGGGAAAGCAGCUCCUCUGCGCUACAACACCAUGACCAUCAUCUGGAUCUGCGUGGCCCUGGUGUCCGGCCUGAUCACCUUUCUGGCCCUCAUCAUCUGCAGGAAACGGCAAGGCUACACUUUACCACACUACCCAUCGCUGCUACACUGUGGCUACAGCAAAGCCUUCCAGGACUCUGAUGAGGAGAAGAUGCAUUACCAGAACGGCCACGUGUCAUUCCCCGACGCGAGGUUCUAUAUCGACCCGCACACAUACGAGGACCCCUGCCAGGCGGUCCACGAGUUUGCCAGAGAAAUUGAAGCUUCCAGGAUCAAAAUAGAGAAAAUCAUUGGUUCAGGGGAGUUUGGGGAGGUGUGUUACGGACGCAUGAGGCUCCCAGGGAAAAGAGACAUCCCAGUGGCCCUGAAGACGCUGAAGGCGGGAUACACCGAGAAGCAGAAGAGGGACUUCCUGGCUGAGGCGUCCAUCAUGGCCCAGUUCGACCACCCCAACGUCAUCCGCCUGGAGGGAGUGGUAACCCAGAGCAAACCGGCGAUGAUCAUCACCGAGUACAUGGAGAACGGCUCUCUGGACUCCUUCCUCAGGAGACACGACGGCCAGUUCACCAUCAUCCAGCUGGUGGGGUUGCUGCGCGGCAUCGCGGCCGGUAUGACCUACCUGUCUGACCUGGGCUACAUCCACAGAGACCUGGCUGCCCGCAACAUCUUGGUCAACAGCAACCUGGUGUGUAAGGUGUCUGACUUCGGCCUGUCCCGAGUCCUGGAGGAUGACCCCGACGCUGCAUACACCACCAGUGUGAGUUUUCACAUUGAGGGCGGGAAAAUUCCGAUCCGCUGGACGGCCCCGGAGGCCAUCACCUACAGGAAGUUCUCCUCCUCCAGUGACGUGUGGAGCUACGGGGUGGUCAUGUGGGAGGUGAUGUCCUACGGAGAGCGACCAUACUGGAACCUCACCAACAGAGAUGUGAUCAAAUCAGUGGAAGAAGGCUACAGGCUGCCUGCUCCGAUGGGCUGCCCUGGUCCUCUACACACGCUCAUGCUGGACUGCUGGCAGAAGGAUCGCAACGAGCGGCCACGCUUCUGCCAGAUAGUCACCGUUCUUGACAAGCUAAUCCGCAACCCGGAGAACCUGAAGUCUAUGGACACGCUCUGCAGUUUAAGCAGUCCUCCGCUGAUGGAGAGAGCCAUCCCCGACUUCAGUAGCUGUAACUCAGUAAACGAGUGGCUGGACACCAUAAAGAUGAGCCGCUACAAGGAACACUUUGCAGCAGGGGGGUACCAAACUCUGGGACACGUCAUAAGCAUGAACCAAGGGGACAUCCAGAGGCUCGGCGUGACGCUGAUGGGCCACCAGAAGAAGAUCAUGACCAGCGUUCAGGUGAUGAGGGCGCAGGUCCUCAACAAGAGCGUGCCGUCGGUGCACGUAUAACUCCCAACGUCGAGGUUUCUCUCUGCUGAAAUCUAGAAAAAGCCAGGCUUUCUGUAAGGACUAGAGGGACUCCGUGGAGUUUGAUCUGACAGGAACUUUACAAGACUUUUUCCUUAAGAGAUUGAAGAACAAAAGGUUUUAACUACGGAGCAAGUAAACGUGACUUCUUUGGGACAAGUCCAACCUUUCUUCUUUUUAUUUGUUUUUGUUUUCCUAUCUCCGAUUGCAUAUCCUGAGUUUAAAUGUCUUGUUUAUUAAUGGAAAGACUGCCUUAAUUACCACAAAUUAUUUUAAUGUUAUUGUCAGCAAAGAGAAGAUAAUUUAUCAAUCAUGAAUUUAUCAGAGAAAUAUGAUUUUACUGAUCAGGGCAAUAGGAAGAGUACAGGGUGUUCUGACGACACUCGCCGCCUCUCUGCAGUAACAGCUCGAGGAGACGGAGGCCCAGAACGAGGCUCGAGCCAGAAAAAGUGGAGAAAAAGUGAGACAGUGCUCACCCAAGUUGCCAGAUCGUCUCCACAGCGGAGAAGACCUAUUUCACCCCAGGCUAUUAAUACCAACAACAGGCACAUUUCUCCGCCGUAACCUUGAUGAAUGACCCCCAGGAGAGCCCUAGAGCCCUCCGUCCAGUUCAAAGCUGCGUGGCGCACAACUACUGUAUGUGGAAGACGAGUAUGAUUCAGUUACAGUGCACUUUAUUCUACAAUCUCUCUGUGUUGUAGAGGCUUUGCAGUUGUGUCACAAAUCUCCUCAACUGGAUGUUGGUCUGUUGAGGAAUUAAGCUGUCUGAAAAUAUUAAUGAUGACUAUUAGAGUAUAAAACCCCAAAAGAGAUAUCUACCUUUCAUUAGUGUAGUAAGUUGCUCACUCAUGAGAUUUAUUUCCAAACUUUCUUCACAGUGGCAGUAACCUGAAAAGAAAUUAUAUUUAAAUUUAAUGUUUAAAUACAAAAUAAUAUUGGCCAUUUAAAAAUAAUAUAAUAAAUGAUCAUGACGAUGCAUUUUCAGUAUAUUUGGGGAUUUCUUGUCACACCUCUUAUUUGGAUUUUAAUCCAAAUGCACUGCUAUUUAAAGGAACAGUGUGGAGCAAACAGGGGGAUCUAUUGGCAGAAAUGGAAUAUAAUAUUAAUAACUAUGUUUUCAUUUGUCACCUGAAAAUAAAAAUCGUGUUUUCGUU